GUUUGCCUUACGGAAGCUAUCAUAUAAAAAUGGUCUGCUGAGUCAUUGAGGUCUUACCGUGUUUGGAUUUGUUUUAUAAGAUACAAAAUGUCUGACUUCUGGAAUUAGAUGGUUAUCAUAAGGAAUUCAGUAAAAAUAUUUUUCUUCUUUUUAUUGUUCUUUCUUUUUUACUUUCUUAUAUUCUUGAUGGAGAAGAUCUACACUCCAAGUGAAAGCUGUGAUUCUGAAUGGAUAUCCUUCGAUGCAGAAGGUUUCAAGGUUGACCUGGAAAGCAAACUGUUUGGACAGCACAUUGCAUCACGCGUCAUCCUGAAAGCUGUGAUUGGAUUCAUGAGAGAUAAAAACCCAAAUAAGCCCCUGGUGCUCUCUCUGCACGGGUGGAGUGGAAUCGGAAAGAAUUUUGUUAGUAAGCUGAUUGCUGCCAAUAUUUACAAGAAAGGAAUGGACAGCAGCUUCGUUCAUGUGCUUACAUCUGAACUUCACUUCCCGCACCAAAGUAAAAUUGGGACCUACAAGUCUCAGCUACAGCAGCGGAUCAAAGACAAUGUCAGAAACUGUGAACGCUCCAUGUUUAUCUUCGAUGAGAUGGACAAGAUGCAUCCUGGCUUGAUUGACAGCAUAAAGCCGUACCUGGGGUACCAUAACAACCUGGAUGGGGUUUCCUAUCGGAAAGCCAUCUUCAUCUUUCUCAGCAAUGCUGGAGGGGAGAGCAUCACACAGACAGCUUUAGAUUUUUGGAAAGCAGGACGGGACCGAGAAGAGAUCGAGCUAAGCGAUGUGGAAACAUUGCUCUCUUCAUCAGCAUUCAACAGCAAAAAUUAUGGCUUGUGGCAUUCAGGUUUGAUUGACGAAAACCUGGUGGACUUCUUUGUCCCGUUCCUGCCUCUGGAGUACCGGCACGUCGUCCAGUGUGUCAUGGCUGAGAUGAAGACCAAAGGACUUCGUCCAGACCAGAACGUUGCAGACAAAAUGGCCAAAGAUUUGCAGUAUUUCCCUAAAUCUGACAAAGUUUUCUCUGUCAGUGGCUGCAAGAAGAUAUGUUCAAGACAUCACAUGUACACCUAAUGCUAACAUCUGAUGGAUGCAUAUGAUUAGUAUGGGUAGGUGGAUAGAUGGAUAGGUAUCCACCUACCCAGAUAGAUAGAUAGAUAGAUAUAUUGAUUGAUUGAUUUUAGGUGUUAUGAUUAUGUUAAAAUGUAAACAUUUAAAACCUUGGUAUCAUAGCGGGAUCCUCUUUUUUUAUUAUUAUUAAGAAUAUGAUACAAAGUUACACAUCAUGGAUUUCACAUAAUCUCAAAAAGGUAGCCGAUGCCAGGAGAUGAAGAAAACGUAAGAAAUAAUAACAGACAGCAUUUCAAAAGUAUAUACUAGAUAGAUAACCAAAUAAUAGUGAUGCUAUAAUAAGGAAUGGUAAAUGCACUUUUGCUAGUAAUAUGUUCUAGAUCAUUAGGCUAAAUAAAACAAUAAUCUAUCAAAAAAUGUAAGUAUGGGGGGGAUGGACUUGGCAAAUUGUGAUUUGUGUAGCUAUGGAUAUUACUUUUCCAGGCAGGUUCAUGAGAUUUAUUAUCAAAUUCAAUGAAUUAACAUUUCUUGAAAUAAAAGAG